AUGUUGAACUUAUAUUUUAAACAACUAUGGUUGACAACUAUAUUUUUAUCAAUAUUUUCAUUUGAAGAAUAUCGAGCUCUAACUAUUUGUCCAAACAUGACUUGGUCAUUUAAUGGAACAACAAUUGCUGGUUCAUCGUUAGGCUUGUCAAACAACACUGCAGCAUAUCUUAAGAAGCCGCAGGACGCAUUCGUUGAUCAGAAUGGCACUCUGUAUGUUCUAGACAGUGGAAAUCUUCGAGUGCAGAUUUUUUGGCUUUUAUUUAUUUCAGUGGAUGGUAUUAGUGUAGAUCUUAGUGGAAAUAUUUAUAUCCUUGAUCAUGGAAAUGAACGUGCGACUAAAUGGGUACCUGGUGCAGUCAAUGGAACAGUUGUUGCUGGUAAUAAUGGUAUGGGUAAUCGUAGUAAUCAACUAAAUCUUCCUUAUGGAUUCUUUGUUGAUCCAAUUACAUUAUUUAUUUGGAUUGCUGAUACUUAUAAUAGUCGCAUCGUUCGAUGGGAAUCUCCAUCAACAGGUAUUAUUGUUUGUGGAAGUAAUGGAACAAGAUCGGACCAAUUCUACUCACCAUUUGGGCUAUUUGUUGAUACAAUUAAUUCGAAUACGAUUUAUGUUGCAGAUACAUUUAAUCAUCGAGUUCAAAUGUGGUUACAAGGAGCAACUAAUGGCACAACAAUAGCUGGCCAAACAAGCGCUUGUGGUUCGGGACUUAAUCAACUCUGUAAUCCAGAGUCAGUCAUUGUAGAUACAAAUGGGUAUAUAUAUAUUGCAGAUAAUACGUUCUGUCGUAUUAUGCGAUGGAAGAUAGGAUCAACUUCUGGUACGAUGAUAGCUGGAGACUCAAUAUUUGGAUCAUUGCCAAACCAAUUGUAUUAUCCAUACAAUAUUAAAUUUGAUCCAAAUGGAGCCCUUAUUAUUGCUGAUACUUAUAAUAAUCGUGUUCAAAAGUUCGUCGCUUCUUGUGGUGAGUUUCAAACAUGUCUAAAUAAGUUUUAUCAAAAUAUAGAUGGAAUUUAUUUUCUAGGAACAAUAUUUUAA